UCUUGAUAUCCAUAGUCUGAGAAAAGUAUUUUCAGAUUCUAUUGGCAGUCUCACUCUCAAUGAAUACGUUUUUAGUUGAGGAGACCUACAACAAGGGCAUUUGGAGAUAAUAUUUCGACUAAAUUUGGCUAAGGUAUCAUCCAAAGGGGACUUCUUUCUCCAACUAAGGAAUGAAGCUUAAUUUAAUGGAACUCCUUUGCGCAAAAAUCCUAGAAAAGAUGUCAUUUUUGCUUCUUUUUCUAACAGAGGAACAUGUGAACUUCCCAUUAGAAAUUAGGUCGCACUGGCAUUGAUCGCCUAAUACAACAUUGAGUAAGAUAGGGGUGGAUAUAACUUUGAGGAAGAGGAGGAGGAGAAAGAGGCUGAAUUUGUUUAAAAAGUAAGUACAGGUAAAAAAAAUGGAUAUAGGUUAAAUUGAGGCGACCAAAUAAGAUGUUCGUGCAAUUUUUAAUGUAUUUUUUUCAAAAAUAAAUUAGUUCUAUUAUGUUGGCCCAACCAUAAUACACCAACCACCGUACAUACACCAGCACGGCGCCAAUUGCCACCUUCCUCCCCCGUCAACCUCCCACUCCCAGUGUUAAUCUUGAAUGAGGCAAAAUAUCUGCAGAGACCAACCUAACAAAACCAAUUUGAAGUUCUCCAGAUGUUGAGAAGUAUCAAUCUUUUGCCUUCAUCACUGAGCCUCCGUGCAGCAUCUUCACUGCACAUUCUACCGGAAAUGGCCUCAAAUGGUAAAUCUUUUUUACAUUCUGAGUCAGCCCUUUUAAAUUCUGCCAAGAAUCAUGAUGAAUUUUCAGCUGAUGUAGAGAAGGUUUAUAGAAUUUUGAGAAAGUUUCAUUCAAGGGUUCCAAAACUUGAGCUUGCUUUGCUAGAAUCUGGUGUCCUAGUACAUUCAGGCUUGACCGAACGUGUGUUGAGUCGUUGUGGUGAUGCUGGGAAUUUAGGCUACAGAUUCUUUGUAUGGGCCUCAAAGCAACCUGGUUAUAGGCAUAGUCAUGAUACAUACAAAUCAAUGGUCAAGAUUUUGGGGAAAAUGAGGCAGUUUGGUACUGUAUGGGCACUUGUUGAGGAGAUGAGAAAAGAGAAUCCUCAGUUUUUGACACCAGAAGUGUUUAUUGUAUUGAUGAGGAGAUUUGCCUCAGCUAGAAUGGUAAAGAAAGCGAUCGAGGUGUUGGAUGAGAUGCCCAAAUAUGGUUGUGAGCCAGAUGACUAUGUGUUCGGGUGUCUGUUGGAUGCUUUGUGUAAGAAUGGUAGCGUAAAAGAGGCAGCUGUAUUGUUUGACGAAAUGAGGUUUAGGUUUACCCCUACCAUAAAGCAUUUUACUUCAUUGUUAUAUGGUUGGUGUAAAGAGGGGAAGCUUACUGAGGCGAAAAUCGUGUUGGUGAAAAUGAGGGAGGCAGGUUUCGAGCCAGACAUUGUGGUUUAUAACAACUUGCUUAAUGGUUAUGCAGUGUCUAGGAAAAUGGCUGAUGCAUUUGAUCUUCUGCAGGAGAUGACAAAAAAAGGUUGCAACCCUAAUGCAACUUCUUAUACUAUAGUAAUUCAGGCACUUUGUUCGCAAGACAAGAUGGAGGAAGCUAUGCGGGUAUUCUUGGAUAUGGAGAGAAACGGAUGUGAAGCUGAUGUUGUGACGUAUACUACCUUGAUAAGUGGAUUUUGUAAGUGGGGAAAGAUUGAAAAAGGUUAUGAACUUCUGGAUGAUAUGCUGCAGAAAGGGUAUAAUCCAAAUCAGACUACUUAUUUGCAUAUAAUGUUAGCCCAUGAGAAGAAGGAAGAGUUGGAAGAGUGUUUGGAACUUGUUAAGGAAAUGGAGAAUAUCGGUAUACCUCCUGACCUUAGCAUCUAUAAUACAGUAAUUCGUUUAGCUUGUAAAUUGGGGGAAAUUGAUGAAGCUGUGCAAGCAUGGAACCAAAUAGAAACGAACGGGAUCAGUCCAGGGGUUGACACCUUUGUCAUUAUGAUUAAUGGUUGUGUUGAUCAAGGGCGUCUAAUAGAAGCUUGUGAUUACUUUAAAGAAAUGAUCGGACGAGGUCUUCUGUCUGCUCCUCAAUAUGGUACUCUGAAGGACCUGUUGAAUACUCUGUUACGAGCAGAGAAACUUGAACUAGGUAAAGAUGUCUGGAGUUGCAUAAUGACCAAAGGAUGUGAGCUUAAUGAGUAUGCAUGGACCAUUUGGAUUCAUGCAUUGUUUUCAAAUGGAGAUGUAAAAGAGGCUUGUUCGUACUUCUUAGAUAUGAUGGAUGCUGGUUUGAUGCCUCAGCCAGACACAUUUGCUAAGCUUAUGCGGGGUCUAAGGAAGCUUUAUAAUAGACAGAUUGCUGCAGAGAUUACAGAGAAGCUGAGAAAAAUGGCUGCAGAGAGAAAUAUGACUUUCAAGAUGUACAAGCGACGUGGUGAAAGAGACUUGACAGAAAAAGCUAAGGCAAAACUGGAUGGGAGAAAGAGGAGAGCUCGUCGACGUCGUUGGGGUAGCCAUCAUAGUCAGGCUAACACUUUAUGAUAUAACACUUUAUGAUGUGAGAUAUCAGUGAGGAGGAUGCUACCAUGUUGAUGCUGUUUGACUUCAUAUUACGUGGAGGGGGGUAGCUCGGUGCACUAAGCAAGCUCCUGCUAUCGCGGGGUCCACGGAAGGGUCGAACCACAUUGGGUCUUAUGUACGCGGCUUUCUACAAGAAGCUAUUUCCGCGGCUUGAACCCGUGAACUCUUGCUCACAUGGCGGCAGCUUUUACCGUUGCACCAAAACUUUGUAACUCACUUAAUUCACUAAGUAUGAUCAACAAAUUUUUAGCUUAUUUACUUUAGUGUGCUUUAGUAGAUAUGGUACUUGCUGAGCUUCCAAUUGACAAAAGUCCUCUCUCUAUCUGAAACACAUUAAUUUGGACUGUCAUUGACAUUGAGGGGGAAGGUUUGUUGCAAAUAUCUCCAGACUUCUUAUUGAUUUACCAAUAGGGCAAGUUUAUGUUCAUUUAUUUGUAUCUAACUUAUGCUGUUCACUGAAGUAUCAGUUAUAUUCUAGUUUGCUCUGUCCUUCAGUCAAGGGAGAAGGCUUACACAUAAAUGCUUAGCAGCUUCCAGCUAAAAUGUGCACCAAGGCAACUAAAAGAUCUAAUUAUUACAUAGCAAAUCUCAGGUUUCACGGAUGCUGAUAAAUUAGAUGUUUCCUCACAGUCAUCUACCUGGCAUAAUAGUUGUUGUUGACUUUAUGGAUCAGUUAUCUGAUGUCUUAUGCAAGGAACAGCUAAAAGAUUAUAUACAUUAAUUUCGACGCACUGGAAGAGCAAUGCUCCCUGGUAAAUUCCUUGAAUAGAAAUUCAAGUUGUGUAAAAAGAAAAUAAAAACAAGAGUGAGAUUGAUUUUUGUCUCUUUUUCUAUGUCAUGAUUUACUUUGCCUAAUAUUGUGGAAUACCUAGUAGAUAUAUGAGGAUAUAGCCAGGAAUAGGAUAUCUUGAGAUUCCGUUGCAUGAUAUUGUAGAAUAUCAGUAUGUAUCCAGGAAUAGGAUUUAUAGAAUUUGGUUUACUUUAGUUUAGGUGCUAGCGUAGAUUGGGACAGAAAAUAGAUGCUAUGUCAGGUUAUUGCAUCUUUCUUUUCUUGUUUUUUUAGCUUAUGAGUUGCUUUUAACAGGUCAUUCAAGAAGAGUGAUAACUUAUUGAAGACAUUUCGUCUUUAUUAGGAGCGAAAGAUACAAGGACUCGGAAGUUCAUUGCUCGUGCCUUUUACUCCCAAGAUUUAGGGGUGUCUGUGCGAGAUGGAGUGGAGGUAUAUUUUUCUCAUUUUUGUUUGCAUCCGAGUGUAGCUUGGUUCUGUAGUUUUUUUUCUUUUGAUGUUGUUCAGUAGUAAUAACAAAAUAUAUAGAUAUCGAUGGAGAUGUUUUAAUAUGGUAUCAGUCCUUUUCGCUGCAUGUAUAUGUGCAUGUGCAAGUGUUCUUGCAAUUAAUGCAGUGAUUUGGGGACACGACAUGCUUCCCUGCAAUUAAUAUAUGUCGAGUUGAUGCCUUCCUAAGAAGUGGGAAAUAUUCAGUGCGCUAUUUUCUACACCUUGGAUCAAUUAGAAAGUGGAAAUAGAAAGAUACUGCGGAGUUUAUCUUCCUGUAAACUGCAUCUGUUUGUUGGCUGUGGAGCUUUUUCCACCUACUGCUUGUGACUUCUUUGUAGAAUGGGCCCUAUUCUUCCUUGCAAACAAAAGCGAUACUGUAAAUGAUUUUCAUGUAUUGCAUGUCGUAUGUUAUUCUCAUAUUCUGGCAGCAUGGAUUUAGAGUCUCAUUCUGCCAUAUGUUGGGAGUGUCCACAUUUAGCAAAUGAGCAUCCGUGGUUAGGAGGCAUGGUGGAAGUCGUUCAACAAUACUGUUAUGAUUAUUUGUGUUAUAAAAUUUGUAAAUAUUCUGUAAUUAAUGGAUGUAAUUACUGAAUUUGAUUAUGGAAUAUUGUUUAUCAAUUAGGGAGACCCAGUCCAAAUAAUUGUGCAUUAUUUCUUGUUUUAGAGCAUGUCUAUCAGAAAUUAGAGAAUCCAGAGAGAAGAUUGAGACAAAUAUCUUCCUCCUAUAGCAUACAAACUUUAGAUGUAUAUCUUUAUACUUGUACCAUGUGGUUACGACUUUCGUGUACACACUUUAAUCCUCUAAGAAACUAAACUUAGCUAUCUAACACAUCUCUUCAAGUUGAUACAUACUUUUCAUAUGUGACAAGCUUGUCACAUUGGUUGCUAGUUCGAGAACCUAACAGGGAUUGCUGAAUAUGUCUGCAAGUUAUUUUACUUUACUAUUUUUGUAACGAUGUCGUUUGAGAAUAUCUUCUCUCUAACAAAGUGAACUAAAUUUUAAUGUGUUUGUUUGGUCCUCUCAUGAAAGGGGAGUCUCUUAUUGACCCGAGAGAUAUAAGAGAUCAGUUGAUUUCUUGAACUAUGUCACAAUCACUCGUUCUGAUAUUCAAGCUAUUCUAUAUUUUCGACAUCACAUAAGGAGAAUAUCGGAGUGCUCGAAUUAUAAGUGGAUUAGACUGAGCAACAUGGGCGUUUCUGGUUGAAUUGAGGUACAGGAGGAAAGGGCAUUUGAAGGUAUAUGGUAUCCGUCUGGUGCUUCUUCCACUGUAUAGUUGCUGAGCCUCUUUUACUUGUUUACAGUUGUGUUGGACAUCCAGGCCUUUUUAAUCUUUUGUAGAUGAUCCCGUGAUCCUUUUCUAGGCAAUCACUUCACUCGUCGUGCCAGCUUUGGCAACUACAGUGUAACUCUUUCUGGAGCUGAGUCUACAAAUCAUGCGAAGUUACCCUUUGAACUUGUUCAACAUGAUGUGAGGCCUUGGAAAAUAUAUUCAUGUUACCUUUAUUGACUAUUAUUCUUGA